AUUAAGUUUAUAUAAUCCAAAUGCUCAAUUAUUUACAUCAGUUAUCUUUCUUACGGAAUUUUUAUCAACAGGUGGAAUUUAUCUUUCAUCUCGUUUUGAACCAAUGAGUUUUGAUGUAUUUACAUCAAUGUUUCAAUUGAUCAGUAUAAUUGUUUAUAUGAUAAUGAUUAUAUACUUUAUGUGGAUAGAAAGUCGAUUACUAUUAAAAUUAAAAUGGAAUUAUUUUCAUCGAUUUUGGUCUUACAUUGAAGUUGGUAUAAUAGUUUGUUCAUGGACAAGUGUUGGAAUAUAUGUUUGGCGUUAUAAAGAAUGUAAACGUAUUGGAGAAUUAUUUGAAGAAACAAAUGGAUAUGUUUAUAUAAAUUUACAAUUAGCAUCAUAUAUUAAUGAUAUAUUAACAUUUUUAUUUGGAUUUUGUUGUUUUUUUGGUACAAUUAAAUUUAUUCGUCUAUGUCGUUUUAAUCAACGUAUGAAUUUAUUUAUUCAUACACUUCAAUAUGCUGGAAAAGAAUUGAUUUCAUUCGCAAUGAUGUUUUCAAUUGUUUUUAUGUCAUUUAUUUGUUUAUUUUAUUUAUUAUUUGUUUCGCAACUUGAUGAAUGUUCAAGUUUAUUAAAAACAUCACAAAUGUUAUUUGAAAUGUCAUUAAUGAAAUUUGAUGCACAUGAAUUAAGUGGAGCUGCACCAUUUUUAGGACCCUUUUGUUUUAGUUUAUAUAUUAUUUUGGUUGUUUUUGUUUGUAUGAGUAUGUUUAUUACAAUUAUUAAUGACAGUUUUCGUCGUGCACGAGAAAGUGUUAAUGAUAAGCAAGAAAUAUUUUCAUAUAUGUUAAACAAAUUUCAACGAUGGAUAGGUUUAAAACAAACGAAUGAAGAAGAACAAGAUGCAUUGACGCGAUCAGAACAUUUUAAUCCAAUUGAACGUUUUCCAAAGAAAAUUGAUGAAUUAAUAGAUGCAAUUACUCGAGUACGUACAAUUGUUAUUAUAAUACAUGUUUAUUAUUGUUGA